CACCACCCGUCUACUCCUAGGUAGAGGGUCGGUCACAUGUCGGGAAGGUGCGCUGUGUGCCACACGGCGCCACCUCGACAUGCUACGGCUUUUAUGCCCUGCUCCCAUGGCCUCUGCUUCGCCUGUGUCGCCCGCUGGACCGCCGCCUGUGCUCCCUCUCCUCCGCCCUGUCCGCUGUGCAAGUCCCUUCCAGAUGCCUUUGUCCUUGUGCCUGAUCUUGUGCCUGAGCUCGAGCUGGAUACGGCAACGAUGAUGAUGCGGCUGGAGAGGACGAGCCCGCUGAAGGGCUCGAUGCCGCUGACGCUGAGAUGAUCUUUGGCGUUGAUGCCCUGAUCCGGGCUCUGAAGCUGGUGGGCGAAGAAGUGGCGGUGGUCAAAGAGGGCGAAGAGAUCGAUGGGGAUGAGGGGAAUGUGGUUGGGCUUCUGGGAGCUCUGCUGCGAGAGGUCGGGGUAGGUGGGGUGGACGGGGAUGGAGUCGGGGACGGGGAUAGUGAGGUGCCGGAUCUGAUGGGCCUGGAUCAUGCCUUCUUUCUAGGCGAGAUCGAGCGGCUUGUGGACGGGGCCGAGAGCGCGCUGAGCCGGCUCCGCCGACAAGGCGAUGCGCGGAGCGGCCGGAUGCGGUUUGGCUCGGUCUGGCAGCAGGACAACUACGAGACGCUGGGAGACAUGGUCGCCGCGCUACACUCGAUCCAGGCAGAGCUGCUAGAAGCCCAACCCGGAAUGGAUCCGAACGAGCUGCUUGCCACUCUGUACGGGUACGAAGACAUGCUGGUCAUGCUGCGGACAAACCCGACUGGAAGCGGCGGAAGUGGUGCCCCGCGAAUGGCCGAGGCUCCGCUGUUGUCUGCCGCCGAUGCUGAGUACUAUGCCGGCGACGAGGACUCUUGCGACGACGCCGAGUACUACGAGUACUACGGCGAUGACUUUCAGGCAUGGUGACCUCGCUGCCGGCUGACUACCUCCGCUUGCCUUGCCUUCAGCUACACGCAAGGGUGACUCGCGCAGCGUGAGCAGCUGCUAGAACAUGACUGACGGCUCAAUCAGAACCAGCGACAGCAGCUCCAGCUCGCACCGGGCCGCCAUCUCAGGCCGCAUCAGCACCAAGAUCAACACCAACCGACGCCAGCGUCCGCGCCGACUCUGUUCCACUCAUCACCGCCAUCUACAGCACAACCUCACACUCAAUCACACAACAAGAAUCAACGUGAUAAGAGCCUUGCCUCUUCCCCCAUACGCAUCCCCAUCAUCACACUCCCAAACGCCGACCACUGCA